UCUGAACACUCACUGAGCACCGUCAUUUACACAGUCUUCACCGUCAUCGUUCACCACAAUGGGCUUCGGCACGAACGGCGAGCUGAUGGACGGCAGGUCAAAGGUCAGCUUCUGCUCGGGCUCCUGUCACGCCGAGCACAUCCUGCAGGUGCUGAACUCCUACCGGCGCAGCGGCACCUUCACGGACGUGGUGCUGCAGGUGGACGGCUGCGAGUUCCCGUGUCACCGCGCCACGCUCUGCGCCAGCAGCCUCUACUUCCGCACCAUGUUCAGCGGCCCCUUCCAGGAGAGCCGGCAGCCUGUGGUCAAGCUGCAGGGCAUCUCCAGCGCGGCCAUGGACAACCUGCUGGACUUCAUUUACGAGGGCCGGCUGAAGCUGGACGAGGAGAACGUGGAGAGCGUCUUCCAGGCGGCCGACCGGCUGGACGUGCCCGUUCUGACCAAAGCCUGCGUGCAGUUCCUGCAGGAACGCGUCAGCCACUCCAACUGCCUGGGCCUGAUGGACUUCGCCAGCCUGUACGUGCUGCGGCCGCUGCAGGAGCGGUGCCAGACGCUGCUCUACCAGGACUUCCAGGAGGUCCUGCGGCACGACGAGUUCCUCGGCCUGCCCAAAGCCCGCGUGCUCGAGCUGCUGGCCUCUGAGCGGCUGCAGGUGUCCGAGGAGGUUCUGGUGACCGCCGCGCUCCGGUGGGUCCAUCACCGGCUGGACGAGCGCAGGGGGGAGCUCAAAGAGCUGCUGGAGCGGCUGCGUCUGCCUCUGCUGGAUCCGGCGUUCUUCACCGGCACGCUGGAGGCCGACGAGCUGGUGCAGGACUGCAAAGAGCUCCGACCGCUGAUGCAGGAGGCGCGCAUGUACCGCACGUACGGACGGGAGGUGCAGUCGGAGCGCACAAAACCACGCCGGUGCUCUGGCUGGGCUGAGAUGAUCUUUGUAAUCGGCGGCUGUGAUAAGAACGGUUUCUCCAGACUGUCCUUCACGGAGAAGCUGAACCUGACGUCUGGAGAGUGGACGUCCGCCACCGCUCUGCCCGGUUACUCCAAAUCUGAGUUUGCAGCCUGUGAACUUCAGAACGACAUCUAUAUAUCAGGCGGGCAGCUGAACAGCGCAGACGUGUGGCGGUUCCUGCCUCAGUUCAGUCACUGGGUGCGUGUGCAGGGUCUCAGCCGCGGCCGCUGGAGGCAUAAGAUGGUGUCCAUGUGUGGGAAGCUGUAUGUCGUCGGCGGUUAUAACGGCCGUGAGCGUCUGUCCAGCGUGGAGCGCUACAGUCCGCACGAGAACAAGUGGACGAGCGUUUCUGACCUGCUGCUGCCCGUCAGUUCGGCCGCUCUCAGCAGCUGCUGCGGGAAACUCUACGUGAUCGGAGGAGCCGUGAGCGAACACACCAACACUGACCGGGUCCAGUGUUACGAUCCGGUGAGCAACAAGUGGUCGUACGUGUCGUCCUGUCCGUUCUCUCAGCGCUCCAUCAGCGCCGUCACGCUCAACGGCUCCAUCUACGUGACCGGAGGUCUGCUGGAGCACAUCUACUGCUACACGCCCCGCACAGACUCCUGGAGCCGAGCCGCGACGCUGCCCGUCAAACUGGAGGGCUGCGGACUGACCGUGUGUGACGGCAAGGUGUGUGUGGUCGGCGGUCGUAACGAGCAGUCGGUUGCGGUGGAUCAGAUCUGGGCGUUUGAUCCGGUGAACGGUAAACUGACGGAGGAGAAGCCGCUGACGCGCUGCCUGAGCUAUCAUGGCUGUGUGACCGUCCUGCAGCGGCUCUGAGCGUCCACAUCAGCUCACCGUACCACACGCUCCUCCAUGUGCCACACUCACCAUUCAUUCAGUACAAAACUGUGUGUUUGUGAUGAUAACAAAAGAGCCACUGAAAGCUGUUUCCAUUAUUAUGACAUUUAAACUCGCAAUUCCAAGUUUUUACAUAAGAGCUUUGGCUGUUUCCACGACUGAACUGUAUCAUAUAUCCUAUAUUUCUCGCAAUUCUGAGUUUAUAUCUCACAGUUUUAUCUUUUAACCUUUUUCUUGCAAUUAUGACUUUAAAUCUCAUAACUUUGAGUUUGUAACUCAUAGUUUGUGUCUCAUAAUUCCAAAAUGUAUCUCUCAUAAUUAUGAGUUUAUAUCUCAUAAUUCCGAAUUUAAAUCUCAUAAUUCUGAAUUUAAGUCUCAUAAUUCCGAGUUUGUGUUUCAGAAUUCCUAAUUUAUCUCAGAAUUCUGAGUUUAUAUAGCAUAAUUCCGAAUUGAUGUCUCGUAAUUCUGUUUAUAUUUCAUAAUUCUAAAUUUGUAUCUAAUAAUUCGAAGUUUAUAUCUUAUAAUUCCGAAUGUGAAUCUCAUAAUUCCAAAUUUAAGUCUCAUAAAUCCAAGUUUGUAUUUCAUAAUUCCUAAUUUAUCUCAUAAUUCUGAGUUUAUGUCAUAAUUCUGAAUUUAUGCCUCAUAAUUCCAAGUUUAUAUUUCAUAAUUUCGAAUUUGUAUCUCAUAAUUCUGUCUAUAUCUCAUAAUUUUAAAUUUAAAUCUCAUAAUUCCAAGUUUGUAUUUCAUAAUCCUGAAAUUAUCUCAGAAUUCCAAGUUUUUAUUUCAUUUUGAAUUUAUCUCAUAAUUCCGAGUUUCUAUUUUAUAAUUCCAAAUUUGAGAAUUAUAUUUAUUCCAAAAAAUAAAAUAUAUUCCAAAUUUAUCAUUUGAAAUUCUGAGUUUAUAUCUCAUAAUUUCAAGUCUCAUAAUUCAAUGUUUGUAUUUCAUAAAUCUGAAUUUAUUGCAUAAUUCAGAGUUCGUAUUUGAAAAUUUAGUUUGUAUCUCAUGAUUCUGAAUUCAUGUCUUAUAAUUCUGAGUUUGUUUUUCAUAAUAAUUUAUCUCAUAAUUCCAAGUUUGUAUCUCAUAAUUCCGAAUUUAAAUCUCAGAAUUCUGACUUUAUAUCUUAUUUUAAAUAUAUGUACUUUAUAUUUUUUUUCCUGCAAUUGUGAUCUUUUUCUUGCAAUUCUGAGCGCAAAAUUUAAAAAAGGUCUUUGCAACCUCCAAUCUCACAAUUCUGGAUUUAUAUGUUGCAGUUAAAUCUCAAAAUUACGAAAGAAAGUCAAAACUGAGAUAAAAAGUCGCAGUUACUUUCUUUUUUUAUCCCAUGAAGGAAACAAGCUUUCAUAAAUACCAGUUUGCAACAUCAAGCAUCAUAAACAGACUGUUUUGUACAACGGAAUUAACGAAUGACCCGGAAGCCUCGCACGUUAUGUAAAAAGUGACUGAACUUGUUCUUACGUUAAAACUAAAGUGGAUGAGUGAGAUUUCUGCUAAAUGAGAUAAUGCAGUUCUUCAUUUUUAGAGGAUGAAACACAAUCAGUUCCCCUCGACUGACAAACAGGAAGAGCUCCAGAGCAGCUAAAGACUUCUGCAGAAGCUGCAGCGGGAAUGCGAGAGCGUCACUAAUGCACUAACAAUCAUAUAAUUGCUGGUUAACUGAAGUCUGCUGAUGUAUUUCCUCUCAUCUGUGUUUGUGGAAUCGUUAGCGUUCAAUAAUACACAAUGAUUUAUUGUCUAGUUAUAGACUUGAACUGCUGGAAAUCCCAAAUGUGAAUCUGAAUCAUUAUAGACUGUGAACUUAUUUUAACCACUUUGUAUAUAUGAUGUUAUACACAUUUAAAUAAAGACUGUGUCAUUUAAUGUUGCUGGAGUUUUUGCUGUCUCAAACUGAUUUAUUUAUAACACCAGA